AAUGAAAACAACAUUGCUUCUAGUAUUAGUUGCUUGUGCUUUCGCUACAAACACAGCUUUAUUUGACAGAAUCGAAAAGAGCGAUUUGGGCAAAACACUUUUAAACACUAUUGCAAUUUAAAUGACAACAGGUGAACCUUUAGAAAGAAUUUUCUAAACCCUUUAUGAUUUAGAAGACAGAUACAUCGCUGAUUAAAAAGAAGAUGAUGCUAACAACUAAGCCUUCUAAUAAGUUUGUGAUGCUGAUUUAAAUGCCUUGAACCAAGAACUUGCCAAUCUUGAAUAAAGAAAUACAGAAUUAUAAGCUGUUCUUGAUGAUCUUUAACCAAUCAGAGACUAAAAGAUCGGAUAAAAGAAAGCAAAGGAACUCUAAAAGGCUGAAUUAUAAAAGGUCAUUGAUGAAACAACAGCCAAGAGAUAAGAAUAAGCUGAUGACUUUGAAGCUUAAAGAUAAGAAUACACAUUUGUUUCAUCUGUUUUAGCUGAAGCUAGAAGACUCUUCACUGAUAACCUCUAAGCUCCAUCUUUCUUAUAAAAGGGUGAAGAAAGAGUUCAUGUUACACCAUAAAUUAUGGCUUAAGUUGCCAGUCACAUGAGUCAAGGUGCCCAUAAAGCUAGUACAAUGAAACACGUCAGAACUUUUGGAAAAGCCAUCAAAUUGUUAGCUAAUCUUGCAAACAGAACUUAAUAAUUUGCUAAUUAAGAAUUAACAGGAAGAGUCAUUAAAUUGAUUGAUGAUCUCUAAAACUAAUUAAGUUAAGCAUUUGAUUUAGCCAGAAAAGCUGAAGAUGAUAGAGUCAGAGCAUACGAAGCAUAUAUGAGUUUACUCAAUAAAGAUAUGAACAAAUACAAUUCAUCAAUUGCUAAUUUAACAGCUGAAAUCUAAUCACUUUAAGAUAGAAUCGAUGCUACUACUUCAAGCUAAAAUGAUGUUCUUUAAAGAAUCUAAGCUAAGACAUAAUAAAGAGAUGAUAGAAGAGGAGAAUGCUAAGAAGCUGCUUAUGAUUAUUAAUAAAGAAGAUCUGCAAGAGACAGUGAUAGAUAGACUGUUAGUGAUUUGAUUGGUAUUUUGAACAGUAACAUGAGAGAUCUUAAAGAAUAUAUUGCUUUAAGAGUUGCUGCUGGUGAUAAAGAUCUUGAAUGAAA